AGGCUUUCGUGUUUGGUGACAGAAGCAAAUUUCAUAUCGAAUUUUUAACUAUUUCGCAAUACCGAAAUUUAUUGAUGUUUACUCAAAUUGUAGACAGUAAGUUUAUUGAGAAUUGAACAAGUUUUUAUUAAUAUUCGGCUUAGUUAAAAGGUGUAUCGUACCUGUUUACGUCGUUGUUUUUACUCGGGGAUUUCCUCGCACGGUCAGCUGAUUUGGACUGGCAUCAUCCGGCCGGUGACAGACAUCAAUUUCAAGGUCAUCGAUUCUGGUCGAGAGAGGUUUGACUGUUUGUAUUAAGAUUGAUGAAACCAGAUACAACAAUGCCAGCGGCACAAGGUUCUGAAAUAAAUGGUACAAGUACCACUGAAGAAUUACGGGAUGAGUUUUGUGAUGCAGAAAACCCAGUUAUGGUUCGUUUUCAAGAUGUCAGUGCAGCAGCAUAUAAGAUUAAAAAUGGCAUACAGAGGACCCCAUGUCAGAAAUCACAUAUGUCAGCAAUGACUGGAGUUGAAAUUUACUUCAAGAAAGAAUUUCUACAAUACACAGGAAGUUUUAAAGAAAGGGGGGCUAGGUACACAUUGUUGAUGUUACCAGCUGAACAGAGACAGGUUGGUGUAAUAGCAGCAUCCGCUGGUAACCAUGCAUUGGCACUCUCAUAUCACGGAAAAGAUCUGGGUAUCCCAGUGUAUGUUGUCAUGCCGAUCAUAGCACCCAUUAUGAAAGUGAGCUUGUGUAAACAAAAUGGUGCUAAUGUGAUUGUGACUGGUACUGAUCUUGGUGAGUCCAAGAAGCAUGCCAUGAAGCUUGCCAANNUUAAUUUGUUUGUAUUUAUUUGCAGUUAUGAUCACCCACACAUCUUAGCUGGGCAAGGCACUAUGGGAUUAGAGAUUGUCGAACAAGUGUCUGAUAUUGAUGCUGUUGUCAUUCCAGUUGGGGGAGGUGGUUUAAUUGCUGGAACAGCUUUGGCAGUCAAAAGUCUAUAUCCACAAGUACAAAUAAUUGGGGUAGAAUCUGAACGCUGUGCUAGUUUUAAAGCUGCAUUAGAAGCUGGACGACCGAUAUAUACUCCAGUAUCUUCCACAUUGGCUGAUGGUCUAGCUGUUCCUACUGUUGGUGUAAAUGCCUUUGCUACUGCUAAACCUUUAAUAGAUAAAAUGGUAACAGUCAGUGAAGACCUAAUUGCUUUGGCAAUAUUGAGACUGAUAGAGUUAGAAAAGGCUGUGGUUGAAGGUGCUGGUGCCACUGGAUUAGCUGCAGUACUGGGAGACAGACUGCCAGAAUUGAAGGGAAAAAAGGUGGUGAUUCCGCUCUGCGGUGGCAACAUAGACACGGCCGUAUUGGGACGUUGUAUAGAACGUGGUUUGGCAGCUGAUGGCAGAUUAUGUCGAUUUACCGUAACCGUUAGUGACCGACCUGGUGGCAUUGCUGAACUCACACGACUUAUUGCUGAUGUUGGCGUCAGCCUGAAAGAUAUAUUCCAUGAAAGAGCCUGGUUAAAAACAGACAUCUUCAGUGUACAGGUAAAAUGUGUUGUUGAAACAAGAGAUGAAGAACAUGGGAAAGAACUCGAAAAGCUUUUACAUAAACGUUAUGACAAGGUGUCUUGGGGACCUCACUGUACAUAAAAAGUAUGCCUUUAUAAGUGAAAUAAACAUAACUGCAGACCAUCAAAUUACAAUUGUUAUUUUUAUAAACACUUCCAAUAAUGAUUUUAACCUAUGAUAUUCAAAAUUGGCAAUUGAAAAGUAUUCUUUCUGAAUGGUUUCAAUUUAAAAAAAUUAUGUAAAUGCAGAGGUGAUUCUAAGGUCAAAGUAGACAUAUUUCAGGAAUCCAACGUGCACUGUAUAUCAAGUUUUAAUGAACAAAAAAUAAUUGUGAAGCACAACUGAAUAUGGAAGAAACAAGUCAGAAAUAAUUGUGAACUUUGAUUGAAACAUUUCAAUGCAAUAUGAACACCAUCAAAAUGUAUUCUCCAGUACUUAUUAUUGGGUUUUGGGCCUGAAACUGAAAUACCAUAGGCUAUAUAUACCUGGUUAUUCAUCUAUUCAUUUUUGUAUUACAAUUGUUUAAAGUAUAAAUGUGUGUUGUAAAUACCGGUACAAGACUGAUCAGAGUGAGAUGACUGGGGAAGGUGGGCAGGCGAGCGAGUGUGUGUGUGUGUGAAUGUGUGUGUGUGCUGGAAUUCCUGGUGACUAAUGUUGUAAUCUUCUUGUGAUUUACCCAAUACCACACCCAAGGCUGUUUUCACAGUACAGGAUUUCAGUGUGUUUGUCACUGUGUUGGUGGGGGGUGCAUGGUAUAUACAAUCAUUUGUCCAAUAAGCCCCAGUAUAAAUGUCCGCCCUUAUAAACUGAUAUUGUAGAAAUUACCAAGAAUUUACAUAUGUCAUGAGAAACUUUUUAAUAAAUUUAAUAUUUAAAGUUGUAGCAAACAUUUUUUUUUCUUUAUUUUAUUGGGGUUUGAAGUAUUUUUGUAUACUAUAAUUUGACUUGCCAUAAGAACAUACAUGUGUACAACCUUUAAUACCACAUUAAAUAUACAAUGUUUUGUUGUGACCAUAUUUAAGUCUAUAUUAUACAUCUUGGUGCUUCCUUUUGUAAUUUUUAUUAUACUCCUCAUAGAUAAGUCACAUGUAUAUAAUAAGCUAUAGUGUGUUUACUGCAUGCAGGCACAGAUGAACUUCUAUUGGAGAUUUUUACUUGUACAGUCACCAUGUUUUGUAUAUAUUCACAGAAAACUGAAAUUUAUACUAAUUCCUCUACAGUUACUAUAUAUUAAAAAAGUCUGUAAAUCAUUAAGUGGGUUGUUCAAUAAAACAUUUCACACCAUACA